CUGGCUUUAACUGCGUUUCGCGCGCGUAAAUUUAGCCAUUAGCUUUCAACACGCAUCGAAAGUUCAGAGACUUCUCUCGGUGAUUGUUAACAAGGUGAUUGUAACGCAAAUCGCAAUCAUGUGGAAUGAAAGCUCCGCGAGUCUCGGGGGUGGAUUUUUGGAUGAUAGCACACAACAACUCGGUGGUACCGGCAAAAAAGGACCACAAAGCAAUGACAAAAGUAUCGUUCCAGUAUUGAUAAAACAUAUCACAUCCAGCACAGGAGACUUGCAGAUUGCUGGCAAAACUGUAAAUACUCUAACAAUCGUAGGAAUCAUACGUCGUAUCGAACAGGAUACGACAAAAAUUUCUUACAGCAUUCAAGAUGACACAGGUACCCUCACAGCUGUCAUGUGGCUAGAAGCGGAUAAGAAUCCUGCAGAAAGUAACAACUGUACACAAAUUAAUACAUAUGUACGAGUUUAUGGAUUGUUACGUAUACAGAAUAAUCAACGUCACGUGUUGAUCCUACGUAUGCAACCUCUGGAGGAUUUAAACGAAUUGACAUGUCAUUUCAUGGAUGUCAUAUAUUUUAUAGUGAGUGCUAACAAACCGACUGAAGAAUCUGCUUUAUCUACUAAUACAAUAAUGUCUGAUAAUACAAUGAGUGGCAUGUCGCCUGAACAAAUGGCAGUUCUUAAGGUUGUUCGAUCGGCAAAUGAAACUGAAUGUGGUAUCGAAAAACGCGAUAUUCUAGCAGAAGUACCCAGGCAUGUUGUAUCUCGUUUAGAUGAAAUAUUAGACUUUCUUCUUUGCGAAGGGCACAUUUACACAACUAGUUCAGAAGAUUUCUUUAAAGCUACUUAAAAUUGUAUAUUGUUUGUUAAAAAGUCCAAUAAGAUUAAAUUCGUUUAAAAACAAUCUAUAUCUAUAUCUACAAUCUAUAUCUAUCUAUAUCUAUAACAUAUUAAAUAUGUUUCUGUCCUUGCGUUAUGUUAUGUUUGUUGUGAUUACUUUUUUUUUCUAGAUAUAGAUAAGUGAGAUAAGGAAACUGAUUUUCUUCUUCACACUAAAUUAAAUCAUAGUUUUAUUUCAAACAUCAUAUUAAGCUUGAAGUAUUUUUAUAACAAAAUAUUUAAUAAAGGAUAUUUU